AUGAAAUUGCUGACGAAAUUCGAAUCAAAAUCAACUAGAGCCAAGGGGAUUGCUUUCCAUCCUUCUAGACCAUGGGUUCUAGUGGCUUUGUUCUCUUCUACUAUCCAAUUAUGGGAUUACAGAAUGGGUACUUUGCUUCACAGAUACGAAGACCAUGAAGGUCCUGUCCGUGGUAUUGAUUUCCAUCCUACUCAACCAUUAUUUGUUUCUGCUGGUGAUGACUAUACAAUUAAAGUCUGGUCCUUAGAGACUAACAAGUGCUUAUACACCUUGGAUGGCCAUUUGGAUUAUGUCCGUACCGUGUUCUUCCAUAAGGAAUUACCAUGGAUCAUUUCCGCUUCUGAUGAUCAAACUAUUAGAAUUUGGAAUUGGCAAAACCGUAAAGAGAUCGCUUGUAUCACUGGCCAUAACCAUUUCGUUAUGUGCGCUCAAUUCCACCCAACUGAAGAUUUAAUUGUGUCUGCUUCUUUGGAUGAAACCGUUAGAGUCUGGGAUAUCUCUAAAUUAAGAGAAAAACAUUCUGCUCCUGGCCGUUCAGCCAUGCCAACUUCCUUUGAAGAAAAAAUCGCAGCUCAACAAAAUCUGUUAGAUGGUGGUUUUGGCGAUUGUACCGUCAAGUUUAUCUUAGAAGGUCAUACCAGAGGUGUUAACUGGGCUUCUUUCCACCCAACUUUACCAUUGAUCGUUUCUGGUGGUGAUGACCGUCAAGUUAAAUUGUGGAAAAUGAGUGCUACAAAGGCUUGGGAAUUAGAUUCUUGCAGAGGCCAUACUAACAACGUCGACAGUGUUAUCUUCCACCCAACUCAAAAUUUGAUCUUGUCUGUAGGUGAAGAUAAAACUUUGAGAGUUUGGGAUUUAGAUAAGAGAACCCCUGUCAAACAAUUCAAGAGAGAAAAUGAUAGAUUUUGGUUGAUUGCUGCUCAUCCAAACAUCAACUUAUUCGGUGCUGCUCAUGAUUCAGGUAUUAUGAUCUUCAAAUUGGAUCGUGAAAGACCUCCAUUCGCUAUCCACCAAAAUAUGUUGUACUUCGUUAACAAUGAAAAGCAGGUUCAAACCUUCGAUUUCCCAAAUCAAGUAUCUUCUUUACCUUAUGCUUCCUUGAAGUCUUUAGGUAACCCUUGGGAAGCAUUUAAGAGUAUUUCUUACAAUCCUUCUCAAAACUCCCUUUUGGUUAGUGAAGGUAAUAACAAGUUCGGUUUGGUAUUAUUAACAAAGCAACCAACUGGUGCUGUUCAACCUACUGGUGUAAUGGAAGAUAACGGUUCUUUUGCUACAUUCGUAGCUCGUAAUAGAUUCGUUGUUUAUAACAACGCCAAUGACACUUUAGAAGUCCGUUCUUUAGAAAACAAAGUUACUAAGGCAAUUAAGAUUGAUGGUAAUGUUAAAGGUUUGGCACAUGGUGGCCCAGGAUUAAUCUUAGUCUUAUUGACAAAAUCUGUUUUAUUAUAUGAUGUCCAACAGGGUAAGCAAUUGGCUGAAAUGUCUUUGAAGAACGUCAAGUAUGUAUCUUGGUCUCAAGAUGGUCAAUAUGUUGCUUUGAUCAGUAAACAUACCAUCACAAUUACCAACAAAAGAUUGGAACUAGUUAGCACCAGACAUGAAACAAUCAGAGUCAAGAGUGCUGCUUGGGAUGAAUCAAACGUUUUAAUUUAUUCUACUUUGAACCAUAUCAAAUACAUCUUAUUGAAUGGUGACAACGGUAUCAUUAAGACUUUGGAAAAGACUUUGUACAUAACAAGAGUUCAAGGUAAAUUAAUUUAUGCAUUGAACCGUGAUGGUGAAGUUCAAAUUUUAUCAAUCGAUCCUACUGAAUACCGUUUCAAGAAGUCCUUGGUUAACAAGAAUUAUCCUGAAGUUAUGCGUAUUAUCAAAAAUUCCAAUUUGGUUGGUCAAAGUAUCAUCUCUUAUUUGCAAAAGGCUGGUCAUCCAGAUGUUGCAUUACAAUUUGUUCAAGAUCCCCAAACUCGUUUCGAUUUAGCUGUCGAAUACGGUAACUUAGAUGUUGCUCUACUUGAAGCCAAAAAAUUGAACGCUCCAGCUUCUUGGGAACGUUUAAGAAAGGAAGCUGUGACCCAAGGUAACUUAGGCAUUGUCGAAUUAAUUGAUCAACAACUAAAAUCUUUCGAUCAAUUAUCAUUCCUGUAUUUAAUCAGUGGUGAAACUAAUAAGUUAUCCAAGAUGGAAACCGUUGCUCAAAGACGUAAUGAUGUCUCUAGUAUGAUUCUAAACAGUUUCUACAACAAUUCUGUUUCUUUCAGAAGUAACGUUUUUGCCGAAGCUGGUUCCUUACCUUUGGCUUAUGCAGUUGCCAAAGCCAAUGGCGAUGAAGCUGCUGCUGCUGCUUAUUUGGAACAAGCUGGUAUUGACGAACAAGAUGUCACCUUACCAGAUGUACUAAACCCAUCUUCUUUCACCAAGGCACCAGUUAUCACAGAACCAAUGGAAAAAUGGCCAUUGAAAGAAGCUGAAUUAUCUUAUUUCGAAAAGGCAGUUUUGGGCCAAAUUGAAGAUCUACACUUGGAUGAGCCACAAGGACAAGAAACUAUUGAAAGACCACACGUCGAUGAAGAAGGCGAUGUAUUCUUUGAAGGUGAAGAAGUUGCCGAAGAUGAUGGUGCUUGGGAUAUGGGAUCUGAAGAUUUGGAUGUAGGCGAAGAAUUUGAAGCCGUUGAAGAAAAGGAAGAAGAAGAACCUGUCUCAAUUGAAGAAAGCGAAACUGCUACUUGGGUUAAAAACUCUAAGUUACCAGCUGUUCUUAUUGCUGCUGGUGCAUUCGAUGCUGCUGCUCAAGCUUUGAACAAACAAGUUGGUAUUGUUAACUUCGAACCAUUGAGAAAGAACUUUUUGGAUGUUUAUGAAGGUUGUAGAACUUACAUGCCAGGUGAACCGGAAGAGAUCCCAGCUUUGGUUGGUUAUACACGUAUUAUCGCAGAUGCAGAACAAACCGGUGAAAUUUUGCCAUACGUUGCUGGCGUGAGUGCCAUCACUGAAAAGAUGAAUAUUGGUUUCAAGAGUUUCAAGGCUAACAAAUUAGAGGAUGCCAUUGAAUCAUUCCGUUCAGCCAUCUAUAAUAUCACAUUGUUGACAGUAUAUAAUGAAGAAGAUGAGAAAUUCGCUCGUAGUGCAUUGGAAAAGGCCAGAGAAUAUAUCUUAGGUUUGUCUAUCGAAUUGGCCCGUCGUGCUCUACCGGAGGAUGAAAUCAAACGUAACUUGGAGUUGGCUACAUACUUCACAAGAGCCAAAUUAGCUCCAGCUCAUCACAGCAAUGCUUUACAAGUUGCCAUGUCUCAAAAUUUCAAGCACAAGAACUUCGUUCAAGCUUCAUAUUUUGCCGGCGAAUUCUUAAAGAUUGUUACUACCGGACCUCGUGCAGAACAAGCUAGAAAGAUCAAGGACAAGUCAGACUCCAUCGCUAGCGAUGCAAUUGAAUUGGACUUCGACCCAUACGCCGAAUUCGAUAUCUGUGCCGCUUCUUACACUCCAAUCUACAAAGGAACUCCUAGUGUAUCUGAUCCAUUAACAGGUGCUAAAUAUCAUGCUUCAGAAAAGGACAAGAUUGAUAGAAUUGCCCUGGUUUCUAAGAUCGGCGCUGUAGCCUCAGGUCUAAGAAUCCUUUUAUAA